CUGCCUAGUCAAUGAUAUUGUUUGUCAUACACUGCUACGGCGUUAUUCACCGGUUCACAAUUUGUUGCGAUUUUAUCAUGAUUUCCUGUAAUUUAUUACAAAGAAUUAAUUAAAUACGCAACAUAAAACAUUUUUAACAAUCCAUUUUAUUUUAAUCAUUAUGGAUUAUAAAGAUGAGCAACACAAUGAAAUCGAAGCUUUGGAGUCAAUUUAUUGUGGAGAAUUGGAAAUUUUAGCUGUAGAACCAUUUUAUACAUUUUCCAUACCUAUUAAAACUGAAGAGUAUGAACCAGGUACUGGGAAUGGCCUCAGCUGUUCAUUGGAAUUUACAUAUACUGAAAAAUAUCCAGAUGAGUCACUUCUUAUAUCGAUAGAGGAACAUGAAAACUUCGGAGAAGGAAAUGCUGAGAAAUUAAAGGAACAUCUGAUGGAACAAAUGAAUGAAAACCUUGGAAUGGUCAUGGUAUUUACUUUAGUUAGUGCUGCUCAGGAGUGGCUUAAUGUACAGUGGGAUAAAAUUAAAUUGAAAAGAGAAGAGAGUGCAGCACAAAAACUCAGAGAAGAGGAAGAAGCAGAAAGAAAAAAGUUUGAGGGAACACGAGUUACGGUUGAAACAUUUUUAAGUUGGAAAGAAAAAUUUGAUGAAGAAAUGGGAUACACAAAAAGAAGAGAAAUGGCUGAGAGAGAAGGGAAAAAAUUAACUGGUAGAGAAUUAUUUAUGACUGACAAAACAUUGGAUCAGUCUGAUUUGAAGUUCUUAGAUGAUGAUUCUGUUAAAGUAGACGAAAGUCUGUUUCAAAAUCUUGAUGAUUUGGAACUAGAAGAUGACGAUGAUGACGAUCCUGAUUAUGAGCCAAACGUUUCUGACGAUAGUGCCUAAAUAAAUAUGCUAUAGUUCUCCACUAUUAUUUAUAAAAUAAUUUUUAUUCAUAGAAUGUUUAAAUACAUACUUAGUACUUAAAAGUAUUGUUUAAGUACUAAGUAGAGUUUAGAUGUCAGAUUGACAUGUUCGAAGCAAAUCUACCAAUGUAAAAUGAAUUCAUUAAAAUUUAUAACUGCCAUUUGCAUUUUGUAUAAUGGCUGAAAUUUUAUACAUAUAUGUAUGAAAGGGAAUAGAUAUAUUUAAUAAGAAAAAUAAUUUUUAUAAUUAUGUACAUAACUGAAUCUUUUUCAUAAAGCUUCGUUUAAUGAAUCCAAAAUAAUCAUUUUUCUUGCACUUAUAAAUGUCCGAAACUAUCUUCAUUCGAAUAUCGGAGCAAGAAUAUAAUGAAAUAAAUACACAUUAACGACCAUAAUUUAACAUUUAUUCAUAGCUUUAGUGUUUAAUGUAUACAUUCAGUAACAAAUUCUAAUGAGCACAUAGUUGCAUUUAAGUUGCAUAACUUGAAUUCCUCUCGUUCUAGAUAAUAUGCAUAUAUUAAUACAGAGAUGAGAAAUGGCUAGCGGGACGACAGGGACAAGGGAAGUACAUACUGGUCUUUAUUGUUCGCCGUCACGUGUUGCUAUAUGGUCUUGGUAUGUGACGUUUUCGACCAAUAAGCGUGUUUGUUUUUGUGAUUGUAUUAGGUCUACUAGAAAUAACCAUAGGAAAUAAUGUGAAAAUAUCUAAUCGGACUCGUAUUAAUUUUUUUAGCCAUUUUUCACCUUUGUAAUAGUAUAAUCUGAUAUAAUUCAGAAUAAUUUAGAAGAGAGGUGUUUUGUUAUAUUUGUCACGUGAUAGUAAUAAUCAAAUCCAUGUUGUUCAUCAAAGUUUCUAUUUCAUGGAACAUAUAGGAAUCUUGUGACAGAAUUUUUACUUUUGUAUAUUUACUUAACUUAAAAGUGACAAUUACAAUACAGUACAAAAAACACGGUUUUUACAAUGUUGCCUUUCUAUCUUUUUUCCUUGAUGACAGUGUUUGUUAAUGCAAUAUAAGACCAUGAUAAAAUCGAACAAACGAAGUGACAAUUUACAUACAUACA